UUUACUGCGAGCCAGCGAGAGUCCACGCCCCGAGACCCCUCCGAGGUAUGCACGUAGUUGUUGGAGGUUCAGGCAACAUGCAGUUCUGUGAAGCAGGCGGCGGGCGGCGGGCGGCGCGCGGCGUGCCCGGCCGGCGCCCGCUACACUUGUUUACGUCCGCUCGACUAGGGACAGCCUAAGGCGGCCUUACCUAUGAUGUUGUUUGUGAAUUAUACGCGAAACUUGCUUCAUCUGUGACACCACUUAUGCGAGGUUUGAGUAAAUCACUUUAAAAUUCAAAUCCAUUUGGAGCACGGAUCUCUGCGUGUGCGUGUGACUAGUGAGACGGACCAUUGCCUGAGUCUUUGUGAGUUUCACUUUAUGGACAUCCUUACUAGUGUGGCAAGUGCAAGUUGUGAUUGCAGAACUGCUAUCUGCGAAGACGGCAUCAGCUGACGCGGAGCAGGUGACCCUCGCUCGGGACACGCAGCGCCGGAGCCGGCGCAGGCACACGGGUGCUACGGAUCGCGGUAUCUACGCUGUUUGCUGUGCGCUGUUUACACAUCGGAAUGGUUUACUGAUAUCGAGAUAAUGAAUUAAAUUAUAACGAGCGGUAGCUCGCCCGUCUGAAAGCACAGUGCGUUUCUCUCGGCCGUCAGAGGCGGAUUCGGACGCGCAACUAGCACCUAUAUAUCAAAAAACUUUACAACAAAUUAAUAAAAAGGAAAUCGGUGCGUACGUAAACAAAAGUACGCAUAGGUCGUAAGCUAGACACCAGCGGGUCGUGGCAAGCUAGCAUGGAGGAGGAGGGCCUGCCGGUGUCGUGGCGCGGCGCGGGCGACAAGGCGGGCGGCUGGGCGCGGCUGGCGCGGCGCCGCGUGCCGCUGCUGCGCUGGCUGCCGGCGUACGACCGCGUGUCGGCGCUGGCGGACCUGGUGGCCGGCGUCACGCUGGGCCUCACGCUGGUGCCGCAGAGCAUCGCCUACGCCUCGCUCGCCAACCUGCCCGUACAGUACGGCCUCUACUCGUCGUUCGUCGGAACCAUGCUGUACGUGGUGCUGGGCACGGUGAAGGAGGUGUCCAUCGGGCCCACCAGCCUCAUGGCGCUGUUCACGCUGCAGAUCUGCCGCGGCCUGCCCGUGGAGUUCGUGGUGCUGCUCACCUUCCUGUCCGGCUGCGUCGUGCUCAUCAUGGGGCUGCUGCGGCUGGGUUUCCUGGUGGAGCUGAUAUCUCCGUCGGUGACGAGCGGGUUCACGUCGGCCACGGCUAUCAUCAUCGUGGCGGCGCAGCUCAAGGGGCUGCUCGGGCUGAGCUUCACGGCGGAGUCGGUCGGCGACAACAUUCGGCUCAUCGUCACCAAAUGGGACGACAUUCGCUACGCGGACUGUGCGCUGGGCGCCGUCUGCUGCACCGUGCUGCUACUGCUGCGGAAACUGAAGGACGUGCGCGUGCGCAGCCCCCGCGUGGCGCGCGCGCUGUGGCUGGUGUCCAUCAGCCGCAACGCGCUGGUGGUGCUGGCCGCGUCGUCGUUCGCGUACCUCACGCACCACCCCAACCAGCCGCUGUUCAAGCUCUCUGGUCGCGUGGAGCCGGGCCUGCCGCGGCUGUCGGUGCCGCCCUUCAGCGCGUCCGUGGACAACAGCACCGUGACCUUCGUGGACAUGGUGCAGCAGCUGGGCUCCGGCGUCAUCAUGCUGCCCAUCGUCAUGGUGCUCGCCAACAUCGCCAUCGCUAAGGCAUUCUGCGCGGGCGGGCGCGUGGACGCCACGCAGGAGAUGGUGACGCUGGGGCUGUGCAACAUGGCGGGCGCGCUGGUGCACGCCAUGCCCACGUGCGGCGCCUUCACGCGCUCCGCCGUGUCGCACUCCAGCGGCGUGCGCACGCCGGCCGCCGGCCUCUACUCCGGAAUCAUCACUCUGCUGGCUCUGAUAUUCCUCACGCAGUACUUCUACUUCAUCCCGAAGGCGUGUCUGUCGGCCGUGCUCAUCUGUGCGGUCAUAUUUAUGGUGGACGUGCGCUCGGUGGGCCGGCUGUGGCGGCGCGACCGGCGCGAGCUGGCCGUGCUGGCGCUGACGUUCUGCGUGAGCGUGCUGCGCACCGUGGAGCUGGCCGUGCUGGCCGGCGCCGUGGCCUCGCUGGCCGUGCUGCUGCGCCAGCUCAUGCGCCCCGACAUCCACAUGCACUCCAUCAAGACGGCGCACGGCGAGGCGGUGCGCGUGCGGCCGGCGCAGGGGCUGGUGUACGUCAACGGCGAGCUGGUGGCGCGCCGCCUGCUGGCCGCCGCCGCGCGGGCCGCGCCGCGCCCCGUGCUGCUCGACUGUGCGCACCUCGCCAUGUUGGACUACGCCGCCAUGCAGGUGCUGGAGCGCCUCAUAAAGAAAUUGAAGGCGGACGAGCAGCUACUGAUCAUGUACAACGUGCCCGAGCAGCUGGUGGCCAGGUACGAGCUUCUGGAGGGAGUGGAGCGACGCGGACUGCGCGCCACGUCCGCGGCAGAGGCGCUGGCUAGCGUGGCGGCGGCGUCAGCGCCCGCGCAGCUGCCGGCCGGGGAGGAGAGCGCCGCCCUGCUGGCUGCCGCCGAGCCCGAGCCGGACGCACUGCAGCCGUAGUAGUGGCACACUGCGCCCAGCGCCCAGGCAGUGGCGGCGGCGGCAGGCGGAAGGCUUGCUUGCGUUUGGUUAACAUUUUUCUGACGAAGAACAAUGCUCAAAAAUCCCCUCCUCAUCCCUUGUAGCACUUUCAGAUUUAAAGCCUACUAGCUUCUGCCAGCAGCUACGUCCCUGUUCUCGUGGGAUAAAUAGUAUCCUGCUACUCAAAUCAAAAUUUCACAAAAAUCCGUUCUGUAGUUUCAAAGUGGUUGACGGACAAACAUCCAAACUAACUUUCACAUUUAUAAUAUUAUAGUGUCACAUUUGUACCAAUCGAAGUAAAAUAAAAUACUGAUGCUUGAGUGUACCUACAAGUGUGACAACAACAUGCGGCGGAGACGAUGUACUGGCUCGCUGGCAGGCAGCGGCAGUCUGCAGACGACCGGGGAGAGCUUCCUCUCGAGCAACCAGUCGUAGUUCGUAGUCGAUGUCCCAAUAGCGAGCCCUGUGGAACCGCGCGUGUGAUGCGCCAUCUUCAUACCGCCUCAAACAUAGAUUAAUCUGUGGAUAUGUGCGAUAUAGGAUCCCAAACUACUAGUAGUUGUAAUAGUUUGGUAGGUCCCUAGUCAAUUAGGUCAGGAAUGAUGGUCAAUAAUGGUAGAAUCUCGCAAUCCGUAACAUAAUUGUAACUAAGUAAUUCUGGUAUUUUCAAGUCGAUGUACUUUAUUCUGAUAGAAGGAGGUAUAAGUUUCGCUGUCCACAAUUAAAUAGUGUUACAAGGCACAUUUUGAGCAUUGUCUUAAGUGAUAACCUUAAGCUCAAGUUUGUGGGGUCGCCAUCCUUGUCCUCGGCCACCAAAUAGUUAAAGCCGGUUGGCUGUCAAAUGUACGGAAAGAAGGAGUUGUGGCGAACCUACUAACUUGGGGUUAAGCUUCGACUGACCCGCCAUAUCACAAAAAUGCAAUACUCGGUCUUUAAACGUGUUACAACUGCGUGAGAGUUAUGCUCCACCAGCCUGUGCAGACAGUGUCGCAGCUGGCAAGCGAAGUCUGGCCAAUUAUCGCACGACUACUAGGUUUAAGAUUGACUAGUCUUACUUAUACUAUUUUAGCAUAAAAUUGUAAUAUAAACGAAAUAAAAGUAACUUAAAAUUAAA